AUGGUCAAGCGCAAGCGACAGGUAUCCGCAACGGAAGCCGACGGCCACAGGGAAGAGGUCGCUGGCUCCCUCACGCCAGCUUCGGCGAGCUCCCGACAGCAGCAAGGCACACUGGAAUAUCCCGGUCGGUCUGAGUCGCCUGCCCGUCAAGACGCGGAGAGAAGCCCGCAACAACCCGCAGCAAUUGCAUCGCUGGUCAAUGUCUUGCCCAGUAUCACCCGAAAGGUCACUGCAUGUGUGGCCUGUCGGAAAAACAAGGUGAAACUUCGGUGUCUAAGAGGUUACAUCGCUCAAUCUAAUACCCACGCCCUAGACAAAAUAAAUGUCGAGCACCUGAGGACCGACGUACAGAAUCUGCAUCAGAUCAUUGACACCAUCUGCCAGACAUUAGACCUUCAACGCCCAAGACCACUUCUAAUAUCAGCAAAUGAGGGAAAUGAGGAGGGAGCUAUUACAGAAAUCAUCGGGCCAGACCGUGAAUGUGACGCUUGUCCAACGGAAGGAUGCGAAGUAUCCCCACCAGAGUCACCCACAGCGGUGCAGGCUCCUAUUGAUACCUUCCUCGAUAUCGCCAAACAUGGAAUUCCAAACGCCACGAAGAUUCCACCCGGUGUCACUCGCGCCACUGGCCGAGUGGAUCUCAUUAGUAAAGGCAUCAUCACAGUUGAAACAGCAGAAAACCUACUGCACCGCUACUUCUCCCGUCUAGAUCACUUUCUCUAUGGCAUCUGUAAUGAGAAUCAGGAUAUAACCCAUCUACGCAAGGAAUCUCCAACACUCCUCGCUGCCAUAUGCACUGUGUCAGCCCUCCAUGACCCCCAUGACCAGGAAACCUACGAAGCGUGUAACCGCGAGUUUCGCUCCCAGGUUGCGCGGUCUCUAUUUGAGAAGCGUGACGUGGAAUAUCUACGAGCCUUGUGUAUUGCUUCUUUUUGGCUUGCAGACGCUUCACGUAUCUUGUCUAGUGAUGGCAUCCGUCGAGCAGCUGAUAUGCGUCUCCAUCGCAGUUUCGACUCUCUUCUUGGCAUUCAUCCGCCCGAGUAUUCCUCCCCAUCAAGCGCGUCACCAAUAGUUGCAGCAGAUCGCAUUCGCCUUUGGUAUCUAUUGUUCGUCUGCGAUCAACACCUCUCGAUCCUCCACAACCGCGACUCACUUCUGCGGAAUGAUAAGGAUAUUGCGGUGAGCUGGGAAUCAUACUUACAUCGCGCAGAGGCAACUGAGUCAGACGUACGAAUUCUGUCGCAGGUGUCGCUGCUUUUAAUCAUGGGCCAAGUUCGAGAUGUCUUGGGGUCCGACAAGGAGUUGCAGCUGCCAUCGGCCCUUACUCAUCAGAUUACGAAUUACUCACGACAACUCGACAGGUGGUUUACCCGGUUUUCUGCCCUCUUCGUCACGAAUGCGCAUAUCGGGGAAUUUCCCAGGAGAGGAUUGGAGCUGCACUAUCAGUUUGGGAAACUAUACCUUGGCCAUCAAGUCUUCAAGGGGCUCCGUGGCAAUCCUAUCCCCCUUCCUUUUCUAUCCGCGGCCCAAAUGGCUCACGAGGCGACCGUCACCAUUUUUGAGAUGAUCUUAAAUGAUCCCCAGAUGAGCGAGAAUCUCGUUGGCAUGCCGCACUAUUUCCAUGUAAUGAUCGCAUUUGCCGGCCACUUGUUACUGGAGAUAUGUCACAACCAUCAUGUGCAAUUAAACAUUGAUCUACGCGGAGAGCUUCACCUCAUUAGUGCGGUGUUAGGGGUCUUUCGCCGGAUAGAAUGCAUCACAUAUCACCCAUUGCGCCGAAUGGCUCCUGGGCUGACCCGGAAGCUCUCCGAGACGGUCACCCUGUUAGGACUGGAUGGUAUGUCUGGAACUAGCCACACUGGCAACAUCUUGCCUCCUGCGGUUCAGCGUGCAGAGGUAGCUGGUGAUGCAGGACACUCAGCCCAGGCCUUGGGCUCUAUGAACAAUAUGUUUCUAUUGGGCUCUACCGAGCCUCCUGUUGAUGAUUUUCUGUUCACGGAUAUGGGGGAAUUUACCUUUCCUGAUCUAGUGUCGAGUUUCAUGCCGUAGGUAUGGCAGGCUGGG